AUGGUGUUGGCAGACUUGGGGAAGCGCAUCAAUGGCGCACUCAGUCAGCUGUCUGCUGCUUCCGUCAUCGACGAACAGGCGAGACCUUUCCCCGUCCUCGAUAGCAUCCUCAAGGAGAUCGCGACGGCACUCUUCGAAGCAGACGUCAACGUCAAGCUUGUUGCCAACCUGCGCAACAAGGUCAAGACGAAAGUCGCGCCCGCCUUGGGCAGCUCGGGCAACAAGAAGUCGGUCAUUCAGAGAGCCGUGUUUGAUGAACUCGUACAACUCGUCGAUCCUGGUCCCGAAGCGGCUGCACCUUUCACGCCCAAGAAGGGACAGAGCAACGUCAUCAUGUUUGUCGGUCUGCAAGGUGCAGGCAAGACGACGAGCUGUACCAAGCUUGCGAUACACUACAAGCGGAGAGGCUACAAAACAUGUCUGGUCUGUGCAGAUACCUUCAGAGCAGGCGCAUUCGAUCAGCUCAAGCAAAACGCAACGAAAGCAAAGAUACCAUUCUAUGGCUCUUACACAGAGACCGAUCCCGUCGUCAUCUCCGCCCAAGGCGUGCACAAGUUCAGAGAAGAGCGUUUCGAUAUCAUCAUCGUCGAUACGAGCGGACGACAUCGGCAAGAGACUGAAUUGUUUGAAGAGAUGAUGCAGAUCAGUCGACAGGUCAAGCCGGAUCAGACGAUCAUGGUCCUCGAUGGUGCUAUAGGUCAAGCGGCAGAGUCUCAGAGUCGUGCAUUCAAAGAGGCUGCCGACUUUGGUGCUAUCAUCGUCACAAAGAUGGACGGUCACGCCAAAGGCGGUGGCGCUAUCUCUGCCGUCGCGGCAACCAAGACGCCCAUCAUCUUCAUCGGCACAGGCGAGCAUCUGCACGAUCUCGAAAAAUUCUCUCCCGAGCCUUUCAUCUCGAAAAUGCUAGGCAUGGGAGAUAUGCAAGGUCUCAUGGAGACAGUACAGGAAGUCCAUCAGAAUAAUCCCAACCAACGGGCAGAGAUGCUCAAGAAACUCGAGGCUGGCGUUUUCACCGUUCGGGAUCUCAAGGAUCAAAUGAGCAAUAUCAUGUCCAUGGGUCCGCUCUCAAAGAUUGCUCAGAUGAUACCUGGAAUGGGAGAUAUGCUGGGUGGAGAGAAUAGCGAAGCUGCUUCGCAUACGAUAAAGAGGAUGAUGUACAUCUUUGACGCCAUGACGGCAGAAGAGCUAGAAUCCGAUGGCAAGCUCUUUCACACCUCCCCGACGAACACCGAAUAUAGGGAAGGUCAAUUGCGGGAGCCCAACAAGAGGGUACUGAGAAUAGCGAGAGGGAGCGGGACGAGCGUACAGGAAUGUGAAGGCUUGCUGGCCCAGCAUCGCAUGUUUGCAGAGAUGGCAAAGAAAGCAGGCGGAAAAGGUGGCUGGAUGCAAAAGGCAAAGCAGAUGCAGCAGGGCGGAGGCGCUCUACCGCAAGGAAGGAUGCCAUCGAUGGACCAGCUCUCGAGAAUGCUACCGGCUGGUAUGGCAGAGCAAGUACGUGCAAUGGGUGGACCGGAAGCGAUGAUGAAGCAGAUGGGCGGCAUGGCGGGGUUGCAAAACAUGAUGAAAGGCAUGGGUGGAGGAGCUUAG